AUUUGUCAUUGUCAAUGUCAUUGAUUUUUAGGUUAAGUUUUAAAUUAAUUCGACAAAAUAAAAUUUUGUAAUAAUAAUUAUAAACAAACAAUAGUAAAACAAAAAAUAGUAUUAAAAAUGGCUUUAUUAAAAAGCCUGUCCAUCCGCAACAUUUUUUCAAUAACACAUAGAGCUGCAGUGUCUUCCCUGAGGAACUAUACAACCCCAGCUGUAGCUGAAGACGAUGAUUCGCCGGUAGACAUAGUAAAUCCGUAUAAAAAGGAGAGAAGACAGUGCAUUCUGUGCAAACUAAAUAUUACACCGGAUUAUAAGAACUAUCGUCUGCUAUCACAGUUCCAGAGCCCAUACACGGGACGUAUAUACGGAAGACACAUCACCGGCUUGUGUAAGGCCAAGCAAGCUCUGGUGGAGUCUGAAAUUUCGAAAGCACAGAACUGUGCAUACCUUCCUUAUUAUUACAAGGAUAAAGCAUUCUUGAAAGAUCCUAAGCUAUUUGAUCCGGAAAAUCCAAUUCGAUCGCACAGAUUCUAGUAAUAAAUCCAUUAUAAAUAAAGAUUUAAGUUAGAACUCUUUAGAAAAUGUAUUCCUAAUUCAGUUUUUAUUUACGAAUCUUUUUGUUAGUUGGUUAGCAAUGUUAUUCUAUUUAAAUUAGUAUUUAUAGCUCCAGUGGUGUAAAUAGUUCUGAUGUAUGAUAUAUUGUUGGUAUUUCACAUUAUGAUGCAUAUUUUGAGACUAGAGAAAAUCAACUGUCUACUAAUAGCGGCAGAAUCAGAAUAUUCUAUUUAUUUAUUGCAAUGGGACUGCCGCAGGGAUUCUAGGCCUAGUUCAGGAAAAGGAUAAAUCUUUGCAUACACUAUGCAGCCAUACAAGUACUUUCAUAGCAAACUCAAAGUUUACUAUCUAUUUUGUGUUUACUAUCUGAAGUUCACUGGCAAAGUAUUAUAUAAGCCAAAAUAACAUUGUCAAGCAACUUACAAAAACUGCUGUAAAGAUUAAUUUGGUAACAGUGUUACAAACUCUUAGAAGUGACAUUAUUCAGAACAAUUUUUUAUGUAAUGUAGUCUAAAAUUUUAUAACAUCUAUUAAACAAAGGAAUAUAGCAAAUUAUUAAUAGUUUAGUUUAAUAAAAAUAUGUAUUGUUCUGUAUGUUUAAUUAAAACAAAUGGGACUAACUUU